ACACGAACUAGCUGCAGCUGAUCCAGAUCCAGGAAGGGCGCAUAUUUUUUUUCCGUCUGAUACUGUACCUCGUCACCUUAUGGACUUUCAUCCGGUCCGUGCGCGUCCUGCGGGACUCGGUGCGGGGACACAUGUGGACGCCGACAGAGGACAGCGCGUGUCAGCAUCACCGGAUGUAGCCAUCAGCCCGUUUGUUGAUUUCAGCGCCACAUUUGGUUAAAUGUCAAAAUGAGGAUCUUCACGUCACUCCGGAAAAACACCAACCUGAAGAUCGAGCUCUACUCCAGGUUCUCGCCCUCGCCGCUCUCCAUCAAACAGUUCUUGGAUUUCGGCACCAACAAUGCGUGUGAGAAAACGUCAUACAUGUUCCUGCGUAAGGAGUUACCGGUGCGACUGGCCAACACCAUGAGGGAAGUCAACCUGCUCCCCGACAAACUGCUCAACCAGCCAUCCGUCAGACGGGUUCAGAAGUGGUACAUGCAGAGCUUUGUGGAGCUGCUGGAUUACGAGAACCGGAAACCAGAAGACACUCAUGUUCUCACUGAUUUUCUGGAGUUGCUGAUUGAGAUCCGUAACCGCCACAACGAUGUGAUUCCGACCAUGGCUCAGGGAGUCAUCGAGUACAAGGAGAAGUUUGGCUUUGAUCUCACCACCAGCAGCAACAUCCAGUAUUUCCUCGACCGCUUCUACACCAACCGCAUCUCCUUCCGCAUGCUGAUCAACCAGCACACGCUCCUCUUUGGCAACGACACCAACCCGGCUCACCCCAAACACAUCGGCAGUAUUGAUCCAAACUGUGAUGUGGCAGAAGUCGUCAAAGAUGCUUAUGAAACCGCAAAGAUGCUCUGUGAGAAGAACUACCUGGCUUCCCCCGAGCUCAAGAUAGAAGAGUUCAACAUGAAGACGCCUAAUAAGCCCGUCCAGGUGGUCUACGUGCCCUCACAUCUCUUCCAUAUGCUGUUUGAGCUCUUCAAGAACUCAAUGCGGGCAACAGUGGAGCUUCAGGAGAACAGUUGGGAGGAAUUACCGCCAAUCAAGACUCGAGUCACUUUGGGUAAAGAGGAUCUCUCCAUAAAGAUUAGCGACGGAGGAGGAGGAGUUCCUCUGAGGAAGAUCGACCGUUUGUUUAACUACAUGUACUCCACGGCCCCGACGCCGAGCCUGGAGCCUGGAGCUGUGCCAAUGGCUGGUUUUGGCUACGGUUUACCCAUUUCCAGACUCUAUGCCCGGUAUUUCCAGGGGGAUCUGAAGCUCUACUCUAUGGAAGGCGUCGGCACGGAUGCCGUCAUCUACCUGAAGGCCUUGUCGAGCGAGUCAUUCGAACGCCUGCCCGUCUUCAACAAGUCUGCGUGGCGCCACUAUAAGACCAACCCGGAGGCCGACGACUGGAGCAACCCCAGCAAAGAGCCUCGCGAUGCCAGCAAGUCCAAAUACAAAGCCAACAGAUAACUCCGCCUUGCUCGCUAGUGCAGUAAUGUGCAUGUGGGAGGAGACAUUGCCGUUGGGUAAAUGUUGGUGGAAGAUCCGUCUCGAUCUGGUGUGAAAACUGGUCAACGAUAGACCGACUGAUCCGAACCCAACGGCAAUGAUCUUGGUUUGCGUUGAGCUGGUUGCUGUGAUGGUUUCCAACGUUUUUUUUCUGUUUGUUCUUUUAGCCGGCUGAUAUUUUUAUGAACUUUUUCUGUCUGUCUUGUGCACAGUUAGUUUUUUUUUCCUGCUUCCUGUGGUUCAACACUCUUUCUGGUCAUCAGUGAAGUGUUUGUUUGUUUUUUUUCCUCCUUCACAAAAAAAGCAGAGUCCACAGAAAGGAGGAGGAUUAGUUUCUGUUUCUUUUGGAGAAGCUUUUGAUUGAACGCACAAGGACACGAGUAGAAGUGUCUUAUUUUAGUCACACUUCAUUAAUCCAACGCAAAGCUUUUAAUAUUUAUAGAAGUCUGGAUUGUCAUGUUAACGAGCCUUACUUCUAGAAUCAGUAUAUUUAUUUAUUUAUUAAGAAAACCUGCCUCCAGGGCAAUUUGAAGUCUGUUAAUUUGUAAUGUAAGAUUGUUAGAAAUGAAAUAUUUUGUUUUAAGGGUGAAAAAGGGUUGAUUGAUUGUUCUUUUUGUACCCGUUCUUUCAGGUGGAAAUGUGAGGUGUAAUUUGGUGGAAUGUUUAGUUUGAUUUUUGUGAGUUUUGUCACCACAGAUACCAAAGAAAAAUGUAAAGAUUGAGCAGGAAGUAGAUGAACAAAAAGUGAGACAAUGCAGAUGAAUGUGGUCUGAAGUGCAGCUUUCACACUGUCAGAGCAACGUCUCCUACGUCAACUGUACAGACCCUCUGUAACGUCACCCGCAGGUUUUCAGAACAGCAGGUUUUUGAGCUCAGAUGGGGCGGGGCAGUGUGUGACUCCACCUGACUUCCGGCAAACCCAUAAGAGGGUAAACGGGUGGAGUCUGGGUAAGAAAUAGUGUAACCCGGGUGGGAUGAAUGAAGCCCGAACACGCCCACCUGUCUCGACCUUACCAAGCUAGGUAAGAUGGGUUUGGGUGUUUGAUUAAAGCAUAUUUUAGUGAAUAGGCUGUGUGGUUUGGGUGUGGUGACUAAAAAUUAUGACCAGCACAUGGCCUCCAUAAUUGUGGAGCUAUCAGUGUAACUAAUGCUACCUAGCUGUCAGUACAUGCAAAUUAAAGCUAAC